GCGGCUCCGCCCUCUCGGUCUGCUAGGCAACAGCAUUUGUUGCAUUUUUCAAACAGGAAGUGGGAGCGGAGUAAUACUCUGAUAGGGGGUGACUUGCUCUUUAAACUCUGACUAGAUAACGGGCUCCUCUUAAACACAAGUAAACAGUUUCAAAACAAGGAAACGCAAACAUUAAAGUCGGUGACGUUUUGAAAGGAUGAAUGAGUUUUACGUAAUCAGACGCUCCUUUACAACUAAAAUCAGAUCUGUGCGCAGCUCUUUUAUCCCACGCGCACGCGCGUGUGUGCGCAGCCCUGUUAUUCCACGCGCACGCAUGUGUGUGCGCACGCAGCCAGUCGCUCCCAGGCGAAGUUGAGGCUGCAGCUCUCGUGCAGGACAGGACUCUGCUGCUGCUGCUGCUGACAGCUUUAAUGACCGCCUUCAGUAGGUGCUGGGAUGGAUCAUGAGGAGGGCUUUCUGGCAGAGGCGUGUGGAAGAACAGCGAGCUGUUGUGUCUCCUGGCUCCGCGAUGGUGGCACCUCCGUGCGCUUUCUCCUUCCUUCCAUCCGGACGAGGGACGCAGGCGAAGUGAGCCACUGGCGUCGACAUUUACCCGAAUCUCAGCCUGAGAACAGCCCGGCAAGGGGGUGAACCCCGGCGGAGCCAUGGAGAAGCAGAGCAGGGUGAAGGAGGAAGCGACGAAGGAAGCGAAGCGCCGAGAGAAGAAGCCCAAACCCGGCAAGCUUUUCCGCAAGAGAUCCCUGAAGUCGUUGGGGAGCUUCAUGAACAGGAUCAUGAAAACUUUGGGCACUUUCACGCAUUUUGGAGACGCUGACGCGCAGGACGCGGAGGACGACGACGGGGGGUUUGGAGAUGGCGCACCUUGCACGCUCAGCGCCAGCGCGGGAACCAUCAAGGACGACGCACAGCCAGCGACGCGGGACCGGGGGGUGAAGACACCCCCUAGCACGUCCUCCUCGCUGUGCGCCGGCAGAGACAAACUCUUGUACCGGUACGGAGACAAGAUCCCCGGGGUGCUGGGGCUGAAGAACCACGGAAACACCUGCUUCAUGAACGCGGUGGUUCAGUGUCUGAGCAACACCGACCUGCUGGCGGAGUACCUGGGCCUGGAUAAGUACCGGAUGAACCUGGCUCGGGGCAGAACCAGGAACGGACUGGUGGUUGUGGACGAGACGCGCCAGGUGAAGGGAGAGGUGACGGAGCAGCUGGCAUCUCUGAUCAGGGCUCUGUGGACCCUGAGGUACACCCCCCAGCUGUCCGUGGACUUCAAGACUGCCGUGUCCAAGUAUGGGUCACAAUUCCGAGGUAAUUCUCAGCAUGAUGCCCUGGAAUUCCUUUUGUGGCUGUUGGAUCGUGUCCAUGAAGACAUCAUCCUGGCGUCUCACAAUAACAACAAGACCACAGCUCCUGGAAAGGGUCCCAGUGGAGCCGAAGAGGGGCUGCUUCCCGAUCCGAUCCAGUCCCAUCAGCACAGCUUCGUCCAGGAACACUUCCAGGCUCAGUACAAGUCCUCCCUGACGUGUCCGCACUGCCUCAAACAGAGCAACACCUUCGAUCCCUUCCUCUGCAUCUCACUACCCAUCCCUCUACGGCAGACCAGACCGUUGUGUGUCACUCUGGUGUUCAGCACCAAAGGACAGCGGUAUCUGCGAGUCGGACUGGCUGUGCCGCUCUUUGGUUCUAUUGCCUUCCUGAGGAGGAUAGUGGCUGACGAAGGGAAGCUUUCUCCAGACCAGGUGAUCCUGACAGAGGUUUACUCCACAGGGUUCCAGCGCUCCUUCUUUGAUGAAGACGACGUAACGAGCAUAGCUGAGAAUGAUGUCAUCUACGCUUUCCAGGCUCCACCCCUCUACAUCAGGGGCGGGUCUGCUCGAAUCUCAGGGUACCAUCACAGCUUGCCAUCGUCUCCAUACUCCACCGGUCCAGAGGGUCAAAGGUUACCAUCUUCUGGGGCGUUAUCGUCAGAGUUUCUCAACCAGGGUGUCCCUGUGAAGAUUCUGCUGCUGGUGUGUAACGCUGCUGGAGGCGGGCAGCAGGCUGUAAGGUUUGGACCUCCUUUCCUAAUGAGGGAGGAUCGGUCUAUUUCCUGGGACCAACUCCAGCAAAGCAUCCUCAGCAAGCUCUAUUACCUGAUGAUAAACGGAGCCCCAGUCCAGAACACCAGAGUGCGUUUCAACGUCCGAGUUGUUGGAGGAUCACCGUUUUACAGCUACCUGUCACCUCAGGAUGGACGGCCGCUCUACCAUCCCACUGUGGACAGAGCGCUGAAGCUCUGUGGUUCAGGAGGACCACCUCACGUCAAGCUCAUCAUCGAGUGGGAGCACAGAGUCAAAGACUGCCUGUUUGGUAACAUCCACGAGGAAGUGGUGAAGGAGGCAGACAGCGUCAGAAAUCUGCAGCAGCAGCACGACCAGCAGUUUAGCUGCACCUUAGACGAGUGCUUCCAGCUCUACACCAAAGAGGAACAGCUCGCCCCUGAUGAUGCCUGGAAGUGUCCCCACUGUAAGCAGAUGCAACAAGGCAUGGUAAAGAUGAGUUUGUGGACCCUGCCGGACAUCCUCAUCCUCCACCUGAAGCGCUUCAGGCAGGUGGGUGAGAGGAGGAAUAAGCUCACCACAUUUGUGCAUUUUCCCCUGACGGACCUGGACAUGACGCCUCACAUGGUGAACCGCAACAACGGCCAUCAUCAGCACCCUCUUCAGCCGGACUGGAAGCAGCUCAGAAGACCAGACUUGGCUCCUCCAGACUUUUUGUAUGACCUUUAUGCUGUCUGCAACCACCACGGAGGAAUGCACGGUGGACAUUACACAGCCUUUUGUCGUAAUUCUGUUGAUGGCCAGUGGUACGGUUACGAUGACAGCACUGCUGAGCCAGUUCCUGAGGCAGAAGUGUGCACACGUGGAGCCUACAUUCUUUUCUACCAGAAAAGGAGCACCAUCCCACCUUGGUCUGCAAGCUCCUCGGUCACUGGCUCAACCAGCUCAUCAACCUCUGACCACUGGCUGGUUCGACUAACAGGGGGAAGUGAGAGGGGCAGCGUGGUAUCAGGUGAUCCGAAUCCUGCAGCUUAUCAGAACAUGCAGGCCCCAGAGUCUCCAGAGUUGCCUGUCUUUGGAGAUGAACCCAGCAAAAGAGAAGAAACAAAUGGGUUUGAACCCAACCAGUUGGUACGAGGGAUCCAGGUGAGGAGUUUUAGCAUGAGAUCACCAGCUAAACCCAAGGAGACUCUAAGCAAAGUUCUUCCACUGCGAUGGUCCUUUGGGUCCAAAGACCGGAUCAAGCACUCAGUCCGAACCCAGUCGGGAGAGCUGGUAGAGUACCUGGAGUCUGGACGAAGACCGCGAUGCACCAAAGACCCUAUCAUAAACCUGGUGGCCACUCCACCGCUGAGAACCGCCCAUGGAAGAGUGCUUGAAGUAGGACAGGACUGCAGUUCACCAAGUGGUAGCAGUCUCGGCUGCACGGAUAGGCCUGGCUCUGACACUUCCUACUCUCCCAAAAUACCAGAAGGACAGAGAAGGUCCUGUCUGGAGAGAAACUUCAGCCACGGAUCUGGCAAUGGCUGUCAUCUCAAAUCCAGUGAGGAUGAUUCUCUAAGGCAGGGUUUGUAUAAGAGGCUGAGAACUGACCAGGUCAGGGCCCUGGACCUCCAGCUUCAAAGAGGCGCCAUUCUAGGUGGUCACAUAAGUCAUAGUGCACCACCAAGCAGAGAUUCUACAUUAAAACGAACCAAAGUCCCUGCAAUCUCCAGAAUCCAGAAGGACUUGUUACAUACGAACGUCCAAUCAGAGGAGAGGAAAGAGCAGAGAGAUGAGGCUCAGAGCCAGGACAACCUGUCAUUUUUCAAGCCUGCUUUUGUGAAGAAAGAUAUCCCUAGGUCACCAAUCAAACAGCAGGAGAGGGGAAUAAAUGCCCAUGGACAAGUGGAAAACCUGGCUAGCUGUAAUUUAGCAAAAACGUCCCUCGCCAUUGGGACACUAACUGCAGUGCCAAAAGAAGACAAGAGAGGCAGCAUAAUCCCCAGCCGUGAUAUUCAUAACUGCAAAACACAGCUGGUGAACGGAAGAACUGGGAAUCAGGAUCCAGCUGACAUCAAGCGGGCUCACAGCUCCAGCAACAUCGACACAAAGUUAGACUUAACGUUCCGACGAUGUGCCUCUCUACAGAGAAACGGGGAAGUUGUGGUUCCUCCAUCACACCGUGUCCUGUUGUUAGACAAGACUGGUUACUCCACUCUACAGCGGACGCGAUACAGCACCACCUCCUUGGUGCCUAUGUGACAGCCCAGAAUAACUCCUGCACACUCCCAGAGAAGCCCCUCCCCCACCUCACCUGGAGCAAAGAUGAUCUACUCUUUUUCUUUCAUAUUACUGUUGUGCGUUCUUACCUGUGGGUGUCUUAAACUAAAUCUAUGCAGAGUUUAAAAAGCAGAGGGAAAAGACUGCUGUAAUGCGUUGUUUUCACAAUGUUGUCUAUUGCUUUUUGGUAUGUGUUUGAAUUAAUAAUGAACUUUUACAAAGUGGAGAGUUUUGUCAGUUUUGGUAAAUUUACAUGCUCUAAGUUCAGUCUUCCAUGAAGCUAAGACGUGUCUGGAAGGCGGAAGGUUGCCCAGAGAUGUUGAAUGAAUAUUGAAAGAUGGAGAAAACAUAGACUUUACACAUAGAUGGCACAAUUUCCUAAGCACUGCGAAAAGUACUAACACUGGACUAUAAAUUGCUUAAAGUAUCUUAACUCAUAAAUUGCCAGCUGUUUCCUGAUCAGAAAAGCCCCUGGCUGCCAGCGUUUUUACUGUUUUUUGAAGAGUCACAGAUCAUUGUGCUCUAUGAUGAGGUCAACGCCAAACCCACCAAAAGAAAGAGUAGACUCCCUUCUUACAUAAGGAAAAAUCACAGUGUUUCUAGCAUUAUCCGUUCUUUUGUAAUUAAUUGUCGAAUUGUGAGCCACAGAAGCUGUUCCGCUUCGCGCCUCGCUUUUUUCACAGCAGCGGCCCAAAACGAUCU